UCCCCUGCCACGCUUUCAGGUCCUCUGUGUUGCUCAAUCACUCUACCUCCUCCCACUCCACUCCACUCCACUCCACUGCACUACAGCUCGUCCGCGGCGGCGGAGCAGAGCAGUCGUCGGAGAUGUCGGGCGUGACGUCGGGCGGCGGCGACGGCCGCAUGAACGUCAAGGUCAAGGGACAGGACGGCGAGGAGGUUUUCUUCCGCGUCAAGGGAACCACGCGCCUCAAGAAGCUGAUGAACGCCUACUGCGACCACAAGUCCGUGCGUGCCAACUCGUUCGUGUUCCUCUUCGAUGGUCGCAGGAUCAAUGGCGAGCAGACCCCAGGAGAGCUCGAGAUGGAGGAGGGCGACACCAUCGCCGCCAUGCUUCCCCAGACCGGAGGCUGACUGCAUCUUCUCACCUAGGAUGAUCAGCUUCGCCGCAGCCUAAUGUCGUCGUCUUAUGCUACCUUAGACUAGAAGUAAUUUGUGAAGCUGUGGUCAGUCUUGUGCCGUUCGCUGAACGGGAUUUAGGACCUUGGAUUGUUCUUGUCACUUGACUAUCCAUCCAUCACCUAAUAUAUGUCU